AUGGCAGCCGGGGUCGCAGGACCUUCAGGACCACAGGAUGUUGGGGGCAGGCAGGAGGGUGCGGGGGGCCAGGUGGAGAUCUUCUCCUUGAACCGGCCGUCACCGCGCACUGUCAAGUCCUUCCCGCUGGCGGCCCCUGUGCUCUGCAUGGAGUACAUCCCGGAGCCGGAGGAGGAGGAGGAGGAAGAGGGUGGAGAUCAGAGCCGAACGGCUGCGGACCCCUCGGCCGCGGUACACCCGACCAUCUGCCUUGGCCUGCAGGAUGGCAGCAUCCUGCUCUACGGCAGCGUGGACACCGGCACCCAGUGCCUGGCAACCUGCCGGAGCCCCGGCCUGCAGCCUGUACUCUGCCUGCGCCACAGCCCCUUCCACCUGCUCGCCGGCCUGCAGGACGGGACCCUCGCCGCCUACCCCCGGACCAGCGGUGGCAUCCCGUGGGACCUGGAGAGCCCUCCCCUGUGCCUGACUGUGGGGCUGGGGCCCAUCCGCACCCUGCUGAGCCUGGAGGACACCGUGUGGGCCAGCUGCGGGUCCCGCGUCACUGUGCUGGACGCCGCCACCCUGCAGACUCAGCAAAGCUUCGAGGCGCACCAGGACGAGGUGGUGAGCGUGACGCACAUGGUGAAGGCGGGCAGCGGCGUCUGGAUGGCUUUCUCCUCGGGCUCCUCCAUCCGCCUCUUCCACACGGAGACCCUUGAGCACCUGCAGGAGAUCAACAUUGCUACCAGGACCACCUUCCUCCUGCCAGGCCAGAAGCACCUGUGUGUCACCAGCCUCCUGAUUUGCCAGGGUCUGCUCUGGGUGGGCACUGACCAGGGUGUCAUCGUCCUGCUGCCCGUGCCUCGACUGGAAGGCAUCCCCAAGAUCACAGGGAAAGGCAUGGUCUCACUCAAUGGGCACUGCGGGCCUGUGGCCUUCCUGGCCGUGGCUACCAGCAUCUUGGCCCCCGACAUCCUGCGGAGUGACCAGGAGGAGGCGGAGGGGCCCCGGGCCGAGGAGGACAAGCCAGACGGGCAGGCCCAUGAGUCUGUGUCCACACCCGACAGCCACGUGGGCCGUGAGCUGACCCGCAAGAAGGGCAUCCUCCUGCAGUACCGCCUGCGCUCCACGGCCCACCUCCCAGGCCCACUGCUCUCCAUGCGCGAGCCGGCGCCCGCCGACGGCUCGGCCCUGGAGCACAGCGAGGAAGACGGCUCUAUCUACGAGAUGGCCGACGACCCCGACGUCUGGGUGCGCAGCCGGCCCUGCGCCCGCGACACCCACCGCAAGGAGAUCUGCUCUGUGGCCAUCAUCUCCGGCGGCCAGGGCUACCGCAACUUCGGUGGUGCCCAGGGCAGCUGGAGGCCGGCCCCAUGUGGGGAGACGGACAGCACCCUCCUCAUCUGGCAGGUGCCCCUGACGCUAUAGCCACCGCCCGGCUGGGAGCGCUGGGUGGAGUCCCCCUCUGGGGAUCUGCACGGGCUGGCGGCCAGCCCGGAUUCUUCAGGAAGGACUUGGGCAGAGCAAAGGCAAACCUCUUCUUUAAAAAAAAAUUUUUUUCAGAAUGUUUUGGGGAGGGGUUUUAGGACUUGGGAGAGGGAGGACACAUCUGGAGGACAUGGUGGCCUUCUUUCUAAAAGCAAAAAACAAAACAAAACACAGAACCUCACAACUGCCCAGCAAGCCCAGUACCACUUGUCCGGCCUGAGGGGCUCAGGGCAGUAGCUGUGCGUCUCUCCGGGAAGGGCGUGUGCGUGUGUGUGCUAGCGUGUGUGGGCUGGCGUGUGAAUAUCUAUAAAUACGUAUAUAUGGUGUAUAUUAUAUGUGUAUAAAUAGAGUCUGUACAUAUUGGAGCUCUGGGGGAUGCUAGAAUAAAAGGCGAGAGUCACGUCA